CGCAGAAAGUGACGAAACUGGAGCAGUGGAUGCAAACACUGACUCAAACACUCCCUGGGAACCCCCCCCCCUCGACAUUCAGCCCAGAUCGCGCCAGCUUUCUGGCUAUCCCAUUUGAAGACAUCGAAGGCACUGUUCACUGGACCAACUCACUUCACUUUACUAUGUUUAGGUCAGCUCAGAAGCAAAUAAGGCUCGUCCACGUAGGAGCAUGGAGCUUUAAAGAAUACUUCCUCGCCCUUCCUGUCGAGCCGUCUAUAGGUCCAUUGAUGGACUGUUCCUACGGUUCUGCGAUUUUAUCAUGGUCCAAGCUGAGAGUCUAUCAUUACCGCUAGUAGCCUUUGCUGCUGGCAUUGCCCUCCAUGUCUUUGCAUUCCGCUUUGGAGAAUGGGACAGAUCAUACCACAAAGCGGCUGCGGCUUAUGCUCUGCUGGCUGUGGUGGGCGCUGCCUAUACUCAUUUCGUGUUGACAAAGGGCAACAUUGGUCUCGUCGGAGCUUUUCGCACAAUCACAUACCUUGAGUUGGUGUCGAUACUUGGUAUUUUCACAAGCAUGAGCAUCUACCGAACGCUCUUCCACAGAUUGAACAGGUUCCCUGGACCGUUCGGCGCCAGAGUCUCGAAUUGGUAUAUUACCAGCUUGGCGGUCAAGAAUUUCCAGAUUUAUCGGGAGAUUGAGCAAUUUCACCAAAAGUACGGAGACUUUGUGCGGAUUGGUCCCACUGAGAUCUCGGUCAACAACGUCGAUGCUGUGCAGAAAUUACAUUCUGCCACCACGAAAUGCACCAAGGGCCCAUGGUAUGACUUGAGCGCAUGGAUCUCUCUUCACACCACUCGCAACAAGGCCGAGCAUGCUCGAAGACGAAAAGCGUGGGAUCGUGGCUUCAAUGCUCGAGCUCUUCGUCAUUAUGAACCUCGAGUCGUCAAAUACACGAACCAGCUUCUGAGCCAGAUCGAGAAGCAUGCUGGCAAGCCAAUGAACAUGUCCGACUGGUUCAACUUUUAUUCAUUCGAUAUUAUGGGGGAUCUUGCGUUUGGGGCUCAAUUUGACAUGUUGAAGGACGGCGUCAAGCACUACUUCAUGGUUGCACUUCACGGCUUCGUAAAGGCUGUUGGCAUCCUCAGCUACGCUAUCUGGAUUAUCCCGGUGUUUCGACUGAUGCCUGUACUCAAUGCUGAAGACCAAAAGUUCUGGAAGUGGGUGGGUCAGCAGAUCGACAAGCGUCGGCAGACUCGACUAGAACGACCAGACGUCUUUUCAUGGAUUCUCGAGGACCAUCAGUCGAAGAAGAAGCCUACCAGACAAGACGAGCUCAAUCUCAUCGGAGAUGGUGCGCUCAUUGCUGUCGCUGGAAGCGAUACCACUGCGGCUGCGCUCACCAUGUUGUUCUACGAAUUAUCACAGCACCCGGAGAUUGUUGAGAAGCUGCAAAAGGAGGUGGACCAGGCGUUUGAGAAGGGCGAAAUCGACUACAACGGUCUCUCCAAGUACAAGUAUCUCCAGGCUUGUAUCGACGAGUCACUGCGAUUACACCCACCGGUCCCAUCAGGUCUACAGCGUGUUACACCACCCCAAGGGCUUGAGAUCGCCGGGACGUAUAUCCCUGGAAACUCGUUUGUCAAGAUUCCCAUCCACACGCUUCAAAGAGAUGAACGCAACUUUGGCAUGCCCCUCGAGUUCAUCCCUGAGCGCUGGACUGAUCACCCAGAGCUCGUGAAGAAUGCAGACGCCUUCAUGCCCUUCUCGAUUGGCCCCUACGGCUGCGUCGGAAAGCAAUUGGCGCUCAUGGAAGUUCGUAGCGUGACUGCACACAUCUUACACGAGUACAACGUGAGGACAGCUCCAGGGUUUACACAGGAAAACUUCUUGAAAGAGAAAAAGGAUUGCUUCGCACUCGAGCUUGGACCUUUGGAGUUGAUUUUCGAACCAAGAACGUAGGGUUCGGGACAGUAAAUUCUUGGAAGCAUGCAUGGCAGACUUUGUGUGUCUCUUUAGUAGACACGGAAAUAAUAUUAAUGUUGUCCAUGAACGUCUCCAACUAUUUAACAAUUGUCAAGUGUUGUGGUGCGACAAGGCUAAUUGCCCUAUCAUAGGAGCCUGAGCCUGACGUGGCGAG